AUGAACAAGACAUUUGGCAUGUUAUCAUGUCUGUUACUCUGUCUCAUUGUAUGCCUCGUCAGUGAAGAGACACACGCAUUGACAGCAACAGAAUUAUUGCAAGUUAGAGCAACUCUCCUUUCAAAUGUCACUUCAAUUCCUUAUUCAUAUGUUGGUUAUUUGUUUAGUCAUGGCAGCAAUUCUGUUCCAAUUAUUGUUGGUUCUGGAGGUAAUGCAGUAGUAGUUGCAGCUACUAGCUCCAAUUCCUUGUCCACAGCUGGUCGAAUUUGUGCAUUUGGACAUAACGGUUAUGCAUACACAUCUGACAUGACAUCUGGCACAGCUCAAUUAUUGAAAAAUUGUGCUAAAUGGACUACCAAAAACAAAGCCAAUGUCAGUUACAUGCUACACGGAGUCAGUCAAAGUGGUGGCUCCACUUUUUAUAACUCAAUUUCAGGAUUUUCAUUGAACACAUCAAAGAAUGCAUUCGACGAAUUGGUUCGUCCAUUAGAAAGCGUUGAUUUACUAAUUUUGAAUUUAAAUUCACUCUCAGGUGAGGCAACCUCCACUCAAAUCCAAAUGCUCUCCGACUUUUUGAAUAGAGGUGGUGGAAUUAUUUGUGUAACUACUGCUUGGGCUUAUUCCAUUUCUGGAAAUAGAUUUCCUGGAAAUGUGUUCUUUUCCAGAUUGGGAGUUUCAUUCUAUACAGCUUAUUUUGAAGGUAGCCCAUUUGUGGCAUCUACUAAGGAUUUGAGUGAAGUGAAUGCUUAUUUCAAAUUGGAACAAAUUCAAAAUACCUUUUCUUUAUAUGGAAAUGUUUCUACAGAUGAUGUGAAUACAGUUGGAAAUAUGCUAUCCAAUGUGUAUCCAACAUUGCCACAGCCAAUUACCUUAAAUUCCAUUGAAACGAAUCAAAAAGCCAAAACUGUCUAUGAUUCCAUUUGUGGAAGUACAACAAUUUCCUUCCCAGUUUCGUCUUCUUUCCAGAAAUUCUGUGUAGUCAUGGUGGACACACUAAACAAGGCAAACAUUUUACCAAUCUCAAAUAAUCCACAAGUUUUGGCAGAUUCUGAUUGGAAAAAUACCAUUAGAAAUUAUCCAGGACCUUGGGUAGAAGUUGAAUCCGAUUAUUUCGUAUUCAAUGUUGAGUCGUCCUAUGCCAGAAACUUGACAGAAUUGACCAGUGUCACAAAUUACUGGAAAAAGGUUUUGGAGCUUUAUUAUGAACUCUCCCAAAGACCAAUUAGAGAUUAUAAGGAAAGAAUGCAAAUUGAUAUCGAUAUUUCAAUUGGAUAUAUGCAUUCUGGAUACCCAAUUAUGGCAUUUCAGGACCAAAAUGAAGGAACUAUUAAGGCAGUCAACCCUGCCAACAUGGCUCUUGCUUCAAAAACUCCUGGACGUUGGGGACAUUACCAUGAAUUGGGACACAAUUUCCAAGUUUCUGAUUGGACCUACUCUCAAGCAGUUGAAGUAACUUGUAAUAUUUUCUCUUUAUAUUUGGAAGAGAAUUUCCCAGAUUCGGCCAAUACUUAUGGAAAGUCGUUUAAUCCACCGAGAGGUCUUGAGACCACUUUUAAGGGAAAUACUCAGGAUUAUAAGGGGGAUUGGACAAGUGCUGGUUUAUUGUUUUAUUUGGAUUUGAUUCAAGCUUUCGGUUGGGUUUCUAUUCGAAAGGCAUUUGCUGAAUAUUAUACAGCAGCUUCUGGAACUUUACCAACCAGCGAGGAUGAAAAGAGAGAUCAAUGGGUUGUAAGAUACAGUAAGAUUGUUGGUAGAAAUCUUGGGCCUUUCUGUGAUGCUUGGAGUUUCCCAAUUUCACAAUCAGCCAAAAGUCAAGUUUCUAAUUUAACUUCAUGGAUGCCAAAUAAUUUCAUUGUUGGAUGUUCAGUAGCUCGUUUCUCUGAUUCACCUUGUGCUUCAUUAACCAUUCAAGAUAAUUCCUAUGCCAAGUCAACCACCUAUGAAGUGAAAAUUGUAACUUGGACACCAGUGAGAAGUAUUUAUGGUGAACGUUUCAUUUUCACUUUCGGUGGUGAUUCUCUUCCUCAAUUACAAACUGGAACAACAGCUCUCACCUUAUUGGAUGGAACAACAAGUUUGAACUCAACUGCUGUUGUGACUAAUAAUAAUGGAACGAGUAUUACACUUUCGACCAAUGUUGUCGAGUUUGUCAAAUCUGGACAACUAUUGAAAUUCUCCUUCCAAGCAAAGAAUAGUGUCAAGAUUGGAAGCUUUACCACUUCAAUUAAGAUAUUGGAUUCAAAGAAUGUAUUGGUAAAUGUUGUGGAGAGACCAUUAGAGUUUACCAAUUCAAUUGUCAUUCCAACUUCAUCUUCAACAGUGGUUGGAAAGAAGAGUACAGUUACUGGCAAUUCUACCAAGAACGGGAUGAAUGUAGUGUUAAUUGCAUUCUUGAUUGGUUGGGUAUUAUUUGUUUAUUCCUUCUAG